UGAUCACCCCUCAGUUAUUGUCCAGUUGUCGUCGCACCGUACGGUACAACAUGGCACGCGCUCUCGUACCGAUAUUCGUACUCCUCGUUGCGGCCAUUGCGCAGGCAUCUGUUGUGCGUCAGUUUCCUCCUCUCGAGCGGCUGGAACUGCUUGAGAAUCCUAACCAGCGUUUGGCGUCACGUGCCAACGAGGACACCUAUCGUCUGCCCAAUAAUACCGAACCCAUUAGCUACGAUGUGACACUGUCUACAAAUGUUCACAAAGGCGAAACUGGAUUCAACGGCACAGUAAUCAUUACGUUGGAGGUCAUCGAGACUUCCGAGAUCAUUGUGGUGCAUGCCCGUCAGUUGGCUAACUUUACGGCGACCAUUCGACGUGCUGAUGGACAGGGUAAUGAGAUUGCCCUGCAAUACACACAGGAUGUGGAUCGUGAAUUCCUUAAGUUUUCCGCUAAGGAUGUAACCUUCACCGCUGGCACCAAGUGGUUGCUGACCAUCAAGUACCAGGGCAAUCUUCGAACUGACAACGGCGGCUUCUAUCUGUCCACCUAUACUGAUGAGAAAGGCGCCACCAAAUAUCUGGCCACCACACAGUUCGAGAGCACUGAUGCACGCCACGCCUUCCCCUGCUAUGAUGAGCCUGCCAAGCGCGCAGAGUUCACCAUAACAAUUCAUCACGAUGCCAGCUACAAUGCCAUCAGCAAUAUGCCAGUUAACCAGGCCAAAUCCAGUGCUGGUGUGACUUCGUUUGAUACCACGGUCAAGAUGCCCUCAUAUUUGGUGGCCUUCAUUGUAUCGGAGUUUGUGUCUUCAGAUGGCAAACUGAAUGAUCUACCCCAGCGUGUUUUCUCCCGCAAGGGAACCGAACAUGAGCAGGAAUGGGCUUUGACAACUGGCAUGCUUGUGGAGAAGCGUCUCUCUGGAUAUUUCGGUGUGCCCUUUACUCUACCCAAGCUGGAUCAGGCGGCUAUUCCCGAUUUUGCUGCUGGCGCCAUGGAGAAUUGGGGCCUGGCCACAUAUCGUGAGGAGUAUUUGCUCUACAAUACCGAAAACUCCACAGUCAAUACACAGACCAACAUUGCCACAAUUGAGGCACAUGAGGAUGCACAUAUGUGGUUCGGUGAUCUGGUAGCAAUCGAAUGGUGGAGCUAUCUCUGGCUCAAGGAAGGUUUCGCCACACUCUUUGAGCAUUUGGCUGUCGACUUGGCUUAUCCAGAGUGGGAUAUUUUCCAAACCUUCCAUGCUGCCUCCUAUCAGAGUGCCAUGAUUGCCGAUGCCAGUCCCAGUGCCCGACCCAUGACAUAUUUCGUGGAGAAGCCAUCGGAAAUUUCACUUCUUUACGACUCCAUCUCGUAUGCCAAGUCAGGAUCCGUGCUGGACAUGUGGCGUCAUGCUCUGACCAACACCGUCUUCCAGCGUGGUCUGCACAACUAUCUGGAGGACAACAAAUUCUCCGCUGCCAACGAGACGGCCUUGUUUAAUGCCAUUGCUUUGGCAGCACGCGAAGAGAAUUUCGCAGUGCCAGCCACAAUUCAUGAGAUGCUAUCCAGUUGGACACGCCAAAGUGGUGUCCCUCUGCUGAAUGUGGUGCGCAACUAUAACGAUGGCUCCUUCACCGUCAAACAGGAGCAGUACACCAACGACAAGACCGCCGAGAGCAAUAAGCUCUGGUAUGUGCCCGUAAACUAUGCUCUGCAAUCGAAUCCCGAUUUCCGCAAUACCAUCGCCACCCACUAUCUGCUAAAGGAAAAGGAGCAAAACAUUGGCGAUGCCAAGGCAAGCAAUGAGGAUUGGCUGAUACUGAACAAACAGUCGACGGGUUAUUAUCGUGUUAACUACGACUCCCAGAACUGGCAGCUCAUCACUGAUGGAAUGAUCUCUCGUCCACACAAGAUUCAUCCUCGUAAUCGCGCUCAACUUAUUAGCGAUUUGUAUCGCUUUGCUACCAGUGGUCGCGUGCCACACGCCACACUCCUGCAGCUGCUCACCUAUUUGCCAAAGGAGGAUCAAUAUGCGCCGUGGUCAGCAGCCAACACGGCCAUCACCCUAUUUAAUCGUUACCUGAGCAGUGACUCGGCCUACGAACACUUCCAGUUCUAUGUGAAUCACUUAGUCAACGAGCAGUACGACAAAUUUGGAGUGAAUGACGUUCACGGGGAACAGCAUUUGGCCAAAUAUACUCGCAACGUGGUCAUUAAUAUUGCCUGCUUAGCCGGUCUGGAGAGUUGCCUGAAAGAAACAAAGGCCAAGCUGCAGACCCAUGUCGAACAUGGUACCCGAAUUGAAGCCAAUCUGCAGUCGCCAGUGUACUGCAAUGGUCUAAAGCAGGCUAACGACCAGACAUUCGAUUUUGUCUAUAAUAAGCUGAUGGACUCCAACGAUCAAGCCGAGCGUCGCCUGCUUAUCUCAGCCCUGGGCUGUGCCCAGUCUGCCAAGCAGCUGGAGAAGUACGUAUCCAGCAGUAUUGACCAAACCAACAAGUUGCGUUCUCAGGAACGUUACACGAUCCUCAGUCCGACCUAUUCCCGUGGUGAGGUUGGUCUGUUCGUCAGCAUCGAAUUCCUGCUCAAAAAUUGGCAGGCAUAUGGUAACUUGAAUGCUGGUUUUGGUGGCGUCAAUCCCCUAUACUCCGACAUCAUAGGCAUGUCUGCUUAUGUGGUCAACGACAGUCAAAAGGACAAAUUGCAAGAACUUAUCGAUGCGGUCAAGGGUUCCGAAUUUGUACCUUCAAACCUACAGGCUAGCGUGGAUGCCAACAUUAAGGCCAACAUGGACUGGCUGUCGGCCAACCGUGAACCUAUCAUCUCCUGGGUGAACAAUUUCCGUAACGGCAGCCCAGCCAUCAGCGCUUCAAUUUUAGCCAUGGCCCUGUGCCUAUUGGCCGCCAAAUUGUUCUAAGCAUUAGUCACAACUUUAAGUUAGCAUAAGUCUAGCCCAUUGUAUUACUCUAUUUCAUUUUGUCAAUAAAAUUCCCACACAAUUAUGAUCUUGAA